GAAAUCUCUGAUUCUCUACCAUCUCUCUUCUCUCUCUCUGUACAAAGCUUUCUGCAACUCGAAGUUCCGGGGAUUUUCAAAACCCGGAAAUUAAAAGCCUCUAUCCCUCCCCCCCCCUGUGUCUCUUUGUUUGGUGUUUUAUUUUUCCUCACACAGACACACAUCAGAGAAGAAAAGAAAGAGAGAGGAUGGGAAGCGGUUAUUUUGGAGAGCUAAACUUGGGAAGUACUGAGAGAGCAAGUGGAUCUUCUGCUUCGUCUUCUUCAUCAUCAAGGAAAGGAAAGAAGAACAAUUCGGACAAGCCUAAACAACCCCAGAGAGGUCUUGGAGUUGCUCAGUUAGAGAAGAUCAGAUUACAUGGCCAAAUAGAUUGUGGAUAUCCUCCUCCUCCCCCUCUUCACGUCCCUUAUCCUUCUAAUUUCAACAACCAGGAAGAUCCAAGAGCUCAAUCCGCUUAUUCAUCAGUACCAUCAUCGUCUUUUUCUUAUUCUCCGUCAUCCUCCUCCUACUCACCUUCUUACUGCUUCCAUCCCAACAUUGCGCAGAUGGGCCUACCCGAAUACGAAAGAACAAACAUCAGAUAUGGAAGUUCUCAGCCACCUAAUGCAGCAAGAUGGGACAAUUCCAAUUCCGUCUUGCAUACACAAUCUUCUGCUCAACCCAACGUCACAAGACCGUUUCUAAAUCUUUACGAUCACUCACACCUGCACAUAGAUAGCCAACAGCAUAGGAGUGGAUCCUUUGGCUCGAGCAGUCAGAAUUCUGAAUCAAGUGACCCUCAAGAACCAGAUUUGGAACUCAGAUUAUCUCUUUAGCCAUCAGCAGCUCUCAAAAAUGUAAUGCUUUCAUUUGCAAUUUGAUGAUUAGUUGCUAUCUUGAAAAGUUUCAAUUUGAAGAUAGCCAUGUGUAAUGCAAGAUUAGAAUGGCCCAGUUUGCAAAGACAAAUCACCAUUUUCUUCUUUAAUUACAUAAAUUCUCAAAGAAAUGAGAAGAAAUUGUUUUCUCUAA